AUGCCACCAACAAACCCCCUCACCCUAAUAGUCGCAACUACGCCGAUUCCUACACGUGAAAAAACCCUCCUCGGAAUCGGCCUGAAUGGCACGCUCCCCUGGCCGCGCAUAAAAGCUGAUAUGAGCUUCUUCGCGCGCGUGACAUCCCGUCCCCCGCGCUCAGGGACAACAAAUGCCAUGAUCAUGGGUCGGAAGACCUACGAUUCCGUGCCUAAGAGUCUGCGGCCGCUGGGGAAGCGGAUUAAUGUUGUUGUUACGCGGGAUGUGGCGGGUGUGAGUAAACGUGUCUCGGAGGAGUUGGAAGGGAAGAGGGCGAAGAUGGCGGCGACUGCAGCUACUGCAGCUACUUCUGCUGGGGAGAACAAGGAGGGGGGGCCGGUUACGGAUGCGAUUGUUAGCUCUGGGUUGGAGGGGGCGCUUGAGGACGUGGAGGGGAAGUUUAAGGGGGGGCUGGGGAGUGUUUUUGUGAUUGGGGGUGCGGAGAUUUAUGCGGCGGCUUUGAGGUUGGGAGACGAUCGGCCAGUUAGGAUUGUCAUGACGAAUGUUGAGAAGAAGGGGGUGGAUGGGGAGAAGGCACAGUUUGAGUGUGAUACUUUCUUUCCGGUUGAUGAGGAGCUGCUCAUGGAGAAGGGGUGGAAGAAGGUGAGUGCGGAGGAAGUGACCGAGUGGGUGGGCGAGCCUGUUUCGGGGGAAUGGAAAGACGAAGGUGAGGUUCGAAUCCAGAUGGUUGGAUAUGAACGGAUCUAUUGA